AUGAGCGAUUCUAAUUGGUGUUCUAAUGACAUUGGUUUAACCAAAACUGCGUUUUCAAAAAUUUUAGCAUCCAAACUCUCGACAUCUGGCGAUAACAGCGCACUCGAUAUCGAAGCCAUAGUGGUUGCCUUUAUGCCUGAUCUGGUUCCUGUAGUAACAGCGGCAGCUAAAACCAAAUCCAAGCCAUGUCACUCUGUAAGCAAGGACCAGGUCGAAAGUGAAUCAUUCAUAGUUAAACCGUCGACGCCUUUGCCCACUUCGGACAAUAUUGUGGACAGCUGUCGACCGACUGACGGAACACUGGUUCUGGCAUUCCAAUGGCAACGCUUAUCGGGGCCAUUAAACAAGUUUACGCUCCAUGGUCUGUGGAUUGACAAAUACACAAUAUAUCUUGCAGAAAGUGUGGCAGAGUUUAAAAUAGCCUUGAUGAAAGAAUUUGGCGUGGACGUUUACGUUUGCUCGAAGAAACACGAAAUUGACGAGGUUCGGAUUUGGUUCCAAGUGAAAAACGGUACUGAUUUUCAGUUGAGAAAUGCCAGAAUGGCAAAUAACAAGUUUGGUACAUUUUACUACUUCCCCAAGUAG